GCUAUUCUCCAACAAAUUUGCGAGCCAAAGGAAGAUUAAACGCACAGCGACCGAGCUGAUGCAAGUUCAUCAGAAAGAAGGGGAAUCUUUGAGGGACUACAUGCAGCGAUUCAACAAAGCCACUUUAGACAUUGAUAACAUCCCAGAUACCAUCUGCUUGUCUGCCUUGCUGCAUGGCCAAGGACAGAGAACUACCACCCAGAACCAAAAAGACAGGAAAGGGGUAGGCUAUGUUGGGAUACCCCCGACCUCUGGCAAAAUAAACAUGAUCUCGGGUGGUAUACACUCUGGAGGCCAAAACGCUCGAGGCCGUAAAGCAUAUGCCCGACAAGUGAUGACUAUCAACAAGAACAGACCUUUGAAGCGGCCAUUCAAGGAGGCAGAAUGGGAGAAUGUGCCCAUUACAUUCAGCCCGGCAAAUUACAAGCGAGCAGAAGGAGAGCUAGACGUUACAAUGCCCCAUGCAAAUCCUUUCGUGGCAACGGUUCAUAUAAGCAAUCAUAACGUUAACAAGGUGUUUAUCGAUAUUAGUAGCUCGCCAAAUAUCUUAUACUGGAGCUGUUUCCAAAAGAUGCAACUGAAUCCGAGCUUGUUGCAAAAGUAUGAGGGGCCCAUAUAUGGUUUCCACAAUCAGCCCAUCCCGAUUGAGGGAGUUAUUACCCUUCCCAUAUAUGUGGGUUCAGAACCACGCUUUAGGAUUGCUUCUGUUAACUUUCUGGUUGUCAAGAUGGAAUCAGCUUUUAACGCUAUAUUAGGAAGAGCUACCCUAGGCGAGCUGAAGGUUGUUAUUUCACAACCCCAUCUCUGUAUGAAAUUCCCAACUCCUCAAAGGAUCGGCAGAAACGUAGAAGUGUAUGUGGAUGACAUGAUAGUCACCAACGUGCGAGCUGAGGAUCAUAUAGACGACCUGAGUGAGACCUUUCAUAACUUGCGUCGAGCCCAAAUGAAGCUGAAUCCCCUGAAAUGCACAUUUGUUGUAGAAUCAGGAAAAUUCUUAGGGUACGUGGUAUCCAAGAAAGGAAUUGAGGUAAAUCCAGAGAAGGUUCAGGCUGUUCAACAGAUGGAGCAGCCCAAGACUAUAAAAGAUGUGCAGCGUCUGACGGGUCAUGUUGCUGCACUGCAUAGGUUCAUUGCCAGGGUUACAAAGAAGGCGGUGAGCUCAAUUCUACUAAGGGAAGAGAAUAAGAAUCAAAAGCCUAUCUGCUAUGUGAGCAAGGUUUUACAAGGCGCCGAGCAGAACUACCCACUAGCAGAAAAGGCUGCUUUUGCCCUGGUAUACACCGCUAUGAAAUUGAGAGCUUACUUUCAGUCACAUCAAAUUGUUGUUUAUACCAAUCUGCCGUUGAGAAAGAUACUACAGAAGCCAAAACUCUCUAGUCAGCUUAUCAGGUGGAGCGUCGAGCUGAAAAAGACACCCGAACACCCAGUCUGGAUCUUGUAUGUUGACGAAGCUGCUAACAUUGAAGGAUCGGGUGCUGGGGCUGUGUUAAUGGGCCUAGAUGGCUUUAAAUCCAAGCAUGCACUGAGUGACUCUCGGCUCGUGGUGGGCCAGGUGAAUGGCAGCUGUGAAAUCAAGGAUCCCCAGCUUGGUCAUUAUGCUUCGGUGGUCAACAUAUUGAAGUCAAGAUUUGUCUCUUUCCAAAUCGACAAAAUACCAAAAGCAGAUAACCACCGAGCUGAUGAGCUGUCAAAGUUGGCCUCCUCACAGGACCUUAACCCUCAGAGGUCAACAAUUGUCGAAGUGCUUGACGCCCCAAGCUACACUGAUUUCACAAUUGAGUGUCAGCUGUUAAGCACAGAUCCCUCAUCUCUAAGUUGGACCACCCCGCUCAUUGAUUAUCUACAAAUGGGCGAGCUACCUAAAGACCCGUCAGCUGCGAAGUUGAUUAAACGCAAGGCUGGGCAUUUCACUUUGCUGGACAUCGACCUGCUCGGCCCUUUUGUGAAAGGCAAAGGAGAUUGCACUCACUUCGUUGUUGUGGUGGAUUACUUCACCAAAUGGAUAGAAACUAAACCCCUGUCCACAACAACAGAAAAGAAAAUAGAAGAAUUCUUGUUCAAUUCAAUAUUAUGCAGGCCGUUCUGUACCGACUAUGGCAUUGAGCUCGCUUUGACAUCCGUGUAUACUCCACAGUCAAAUGGGCAAGCCGAGUCCGCCAAUAAAAUCGUCUUGCGAGGACUCAAGACGCGUGUUUUAGCUACGCAUUCUAAUUGGGUAAACGAGCUCAAUAAAGUGCUGUGGUCAUGUCGCACUACACCCAGCUCGGCUACAGGCAAAACCCCAUUCAGCCUGGCGUAUGGAACUGAGGCCGUCAUCCCUGUUGAGGUCGGAUUGCCAUCUGAUAGAUCAAAUCGCCAUGACGAUCUUAAAAAUGAGCAACUCUUAAGAGAGAACAUAGACCUUGUAGAAGAGGUUAGGGAGAUGUCCCGAAUAAAGAAUAUGGCAUACCAGGGUCGUGUUGCAAAAUUUUACAAUAAGAGAGUACGAGCUCGUCAGUUCAAGGUUGGCGAUCUGGUUUUACGCAAAGCUGGAUUAACCAAUACUUAUUCACACAUGGGCAAACUCGCUCCUAAUUGGAAAGGUCCCUAUAUGGUCGUUCAAAUCAAACGACCUGGGUCUUAUAUGUUAGCAGACAUACAGGGGCGCCAAUUGCCAUAUAUUUGGAAUGUACAUAAUCUUAGAAGAUUUUACAGUUAAUGUAUAUGUUACUAACGAAUUUGUUCGUGGAAAUGUAAACCAUACAUGCAAUACAACAAAGAAAAACAGUUUGAUAUAAUCUCCAAUUUUGUAUUUCUUUUCAAAAAAUUACAAGUUU